ACUCCAUCACCCUCACUCUGCUUUCUGACUCCACUACAGACAACAUGAGGACUUCUCUGUGUCUCCUGACCACUCUUCUCCUCUGCUAUCACCAUGCCACUCAUGGAGCUUCUCUUCAAGCACAGAAGGGACCCAAUUGUAGAACCCGACCCACCGACAUACUGUUCAUCAUAGACAGCUCACGUAGCGUUCGCCCUUCUGAAUUCGAGCAAGCCAAGGUCUUCCUGUCCCAGGUCAUCGAGUCGCUGGAUGUUGGAGCCAAUGCGACCAGAGUGGGGUUGGUAAACUAUGCCAGCACAGUGAAAAAUGAAUUUUCUCUCAAAACACACAAAGCAAAGCCAGCACUUCUUCAAGCUGUGAAAAAAGUCCAGCCACUCUCAACUGGCACAAUGACAGGCCUUGCUAUUCAAUAUGCUAUGAACAAUGCCUUCACAGAGUCUGAGGGGGCCAGAAUAAAGUCUCCUGGCAUCAAUAAGGUUGCAAUCGUUGUUACUGAUGGCCGACCCCAGGACACUGUGAAAGAUAUCUCUGCACGGGCAAGGGAAAGCGGAUUAGAAAUAUAUGCUAUUGGAGUAGGACGUGUGGAUAAGAACACCUUGCGUCAGAUUGCCAGCGAACCACUAGAUGAACAUGUUGACUAUGUGGAAAGUUACAGUUUGAUUGAGAAACUUAGCAAGAAAUUUCAGGAAGCAUUCUGUGUAACGGCUGACCUAUGUUCUACUGGAGAUCAUGACUGCGAACAAAUUUGUGUCAGCACCCCAGGUUCCUACACUUGUGCCUGCAGGGAUGGUUUCACCCUAAAUGAAGAUGGCAAGACUUGCAAUGCCUGUGGAGCCUCUGCUGUUGACUUGGUUUUCCUUAUUGAUGGCUCUAAGAGUGUACGGCCUGAGAACUUUGAACUCGUCAAGCAGUUCAUCAACCAGAUUGUGGAUUCUAUGGAUGUAGGCGAAAGGAGGGCUCAUGUGGGCUUAGUGCAAUAUUCCAGCUCAGUUAGACAAGAGUUCCCCCUGGGCAGGUAUAGUUCUAAAAAAGACAUUAAAUCUGCAGUAAAGAAAAUGUCCUACAUGGAAAAGGGCACCAUGACAGGUCAGGCCCUGCAGUAUCUUGUCGACAACAGCUUUGCCAUCUCCAGUGGAGGUAGACCAGCUGUACCCAAAGUUGGCAUUGUCUUUACUGAUGGGCGAUCUCAGGAUUACAUCAAUGAUGCUGCUGCCAGAGCUAAGGAGCUGGGUUACAAGAUGUUCGCUGUUGGCGUUGGAAAUGCUGUGGAAGAAGAGCUCAGAAUGAUUGCUUCUGAACCUCAGGCAGAGCAUUCCUUCUACACAGCGGAUUUCAAGGCAAUGAAGGAGAUUGGCAAGAAGCUUCAGAUGAAGAUAUGUGUGGAAGAAAACCCAUGUGAGUGCGAGUCUAUAGUCAAAUUCCAGACUAAGGUUGAAGAUCUCAUCCAGCAGCUUACAAAAAAGAUUGAAGCAGUAUCUAAGAAACUUGCUGCUUUAGAGAACAAAAUCACAGUGUAAGCCUACCAUGCAAUGUAGAAAUCUGCAGGACCUACAUGCAUCUUCUCUACUCGCCUCCAUCUUUAUCUUCAUUUUAUUUUGAGACGAUACCAGCAAGUAAACGGUCCCUUUGGGCUACAUAAGAAGUGCCUUCAGCAUUAAAAUUCUACCACGUGGUGAAUGUAACGUGUGAGAGACUUUCUGCUUCCAGCUAUAUAUUGUCCCUAUUGGUGAAAUGACAUACUGCACCCUUUAAAAUUAGCAUGCUAAUUAGUGUGCAGAAACACAUAUACUUUUAGAAAUAUAAACACCAUUC